AUGGACACCUCCUGCGAAGCUCUUAAAGAUCAAAGAAAGAUCCCAAAUGAACUCUAUCUGUUCUCAAAGAUCGACCCUCCAGAGGUAGUCAUGUAUUACUUAGAUGAUCUGCGAAAACAAGGAGUAGAGUUCUCAGACUUCAACUUAGACUGGCUACCAAAAUGUCCUCCAAACUUCAUGAAGCGACCACGAGGACCAUCUGAGAAGGAAAAACAGGCGAAGAAAGCAAAACUGGGAGAAUCCCCUGGAUCAAGACCUCCAGUACCUCUGACUGGAUCCUUUGGUAAGUUUGUCUCUCUUGCUCCUUCUGUACAAAUUAAGCCUAUUGCUUCCUCAAUCCCUCAACCAACACCCAUAUACACUAACUCAGAAACUCCUCCCUUAACCACCAAACCAUCUAACCAACCCUCUCAAAAAUUUAACCUGGCCACCACCUCUCUACCCAUUUCGGAAGCAGAAAUGCUAAACGAAACAACCUCACCCUCUUCAUCUUCCUCUCCAGAAUCAUCACCCUACUACAACCUCUCAUCAGACACUGAACCAUCUGACCCUCACUCCCCAACUCUGGCUCAGCUCCAAACACAUGUUCUGGCCUCUCAACAGCCAACACAAUCCAUUCCUGAACCAAAAGUCACUUCGUCAUCCAUAGAAGACCCAAACACAACCACAUCUGACCCUCCACCAUCCGAACCAACCUUUAAGCUGAAGGGCCUCUCUGAGCAAGUCCGCAACGAAUUUAUCAGAGACGCUGAGAUCAGACUUCAGGAGCGCCUAGCCAGAGAAGCUGAGGAGCGAGCACACAAAGAAGCUGAAGAGAAAGCCAAGCAAGAAGAACUGCAAAGGAUCAAGGAAGCUGAAGCCAAAGCUCUAGCUGGUGCCGUUGCUGCUGCUGAAGCUGAAGCACAAGCCAAAGUUGCCGCUGAAGAAGCAGCACGCCAAGCUGAAGAGUCUGCCACCAGAGUAGAACAGGAUGCUCUGACUCAAGGGGAGUCCUCCACUUUUGUCCCGUUGGUUCUAAAGACUCUUGAAGAACUUUAG